AUGGGGGAGAAAGGAGUUGGACGGGGAAACGCCCUACACCAUCUCUGCCCGUAUGGCUUCUGGGGCUUGUACGGCCAAUGCGGCCUCCGUGCCCUGCCCGCGGCCCUGACGCACGCGCAGGUCCCCGCUGGCCGUUUGCGCGCCGUGCUGCUCAGGAGCGACGGCUUCCGCCGUGGGAUCGGCCAAAACGUCGACGGCCAAUGCGAUCUCCUUGCGCUGCCCGCGGGCCUGACGCACGCGCGGGUCGCCGCUGGGUCCUCCGACGGCUGCGCCGUGGCGCGCGGCAACAGCGUUGACGGUCAAUGCGACCGUCCCGCGUUGCCCGCGGACCUGAUGCAUACGCGGGUCGCCGCUGGGUUCUCGCGCGCCGAGCUGCUCAGGAGCGACGGCUACGCCGUGGCGCGCGGAAACAACGUCGACGGUCAAUGCGACCUCUUUGCGCUGCCCGCGGAGCUGACGCACGCGCAGGUCGCCGCUGGGUUCUUCCGCGCCGUGCUGCUCAGGAGCGACGUCUCUACCGUGGCGCUCGGCAAAAGCUUCGCCGGUCAAUGCGACUGCCCCGCGCUGCCCGCGGACCUGACCUACGCGCAGAUUGCCGCUGGGUCGCACCACGCCGUGCUUCUCAGGAGCGACGGCUCCGCGGUGGCACGCGGCGACAAUUCGACGCGUCACUGCGAUUUUCCUGCGCUGCACGACUUCGCCUACGCGCAGAUAGCCGCCGGGUUGUAUCGCGCGGUUCCGCUCAGGAGCGGCAUUUUUUCCGUUACCUGCGGCUUGCAUUAUGAUCGCCAAUGCGACUUCUUGGCGCUGCCCGAGUGCGCGAUGUUCACGCAGGUCACUGUCGUCUGUCAUUAUGUAUAUUUUCCUAAACAAGAAUCGCGCCGUCCUGCUCCAGAGCGAACGGCUCCGCAGAGGCUUGCAGCAACAACGAAAACUGUCAGUGCGACUUGCCCGCGCUUGUCCCAGCUUCUAAAUUCCGUCGCUCCUUGCUUCUGGGCGGAACACAAAGAAACGCAGAACAGCAGGUCUGUUAGACAUUCUAGCCAUAGUUUCGGCAAUGCUAUAUGGAAAAGGUAA